ACCCUGGGAUUGAAAAUCGUUAUAAAAAUUUGAUGUUUUUGAAACUACGUCUCGUAUCCCCCUUUUCUUUUUAUCAUCUUUCAUCUACUUUUUUCAAAUCAUGGCAUCUGUCACUUGUACUGCUCCUGUUAAUAUUGCUGUCGUCAAAUAUUGGGGAAAACGUGAUACUCAAUUGAUCUUACCUACAAACGAUUCUCUCUCUGUUACUUUAUCUCAAGAUAUACUUCAUAGCAAGACAAGUAUUAGUGCCAGUAAGGAAUAUACACAAGACAGACUUUGGUUAAAUGGAAAGGAAGAAGAUAUCACAAACAACAAGCGUAUGCAUAACUGUUUCCGAGAAACGCGUGCACUUCGAAAAAAAAUGGAAGAACAAGACUCUAGUUUGACACCUUUAUCUACCUAUUGUCUUCAUGUAUGUUCUGAAAACAAUUUCCCUACUGCUGCUGGUUUAGCUUCUUCCGCUUCAGGUUUAGCUGCUCUUGUCUUCACUUUGGCCAAACUCUUUGAUUUGCCAAUUUCCAUGUCUGAUUUAUCACGUAUUGCUCGUCAAGGAUCUGGUUCAUCUUGUCGUUCAUUAUUUGGUGGAUUUGUUGCUUGGGAAAUGGGUGAUCAAGAAGAUGGAUCAGAUUCUCGUGCUGUUCAAAUUGCUCCAGAUACUCAUUGGCCUGAACUCGAAGCAUUGAUUUGCGUGGUGUCAGAUGCUAAGAAAGGAACUUCAUCUACUUCUGGUAUGCAACAAACCAUUGAAACCAGUCGUUUGAUGAAAGAACGAUUACAAUUAGUACCUGAACUUAUGGAUGCUAUGACAAAGGCCAUUCUUGAUAAGGAUUUCCAAUCUUUUGCUGAACUAACUAUGCGUGACUCAAAUCAAUUCCACUGUGUUUGUUUGGAUACCUUCCCUCCCAUUUUCUAUCUCAACGACACUUCUCGUGGUAUUAUCAAAUUAAUUCAUGAGUAUAAUGCCUCCUAUGGUACUUACAAGGCUGCCUACACUUUCGAUGCUGGACCAAAUGCCGUGAUUUAUGCUCCCAAGGAAAAUAUGAAGGAAAUCGUUCAAAUGAUUGCUCAUUAUUUCCCUCCCUCUGAAGAAAAGAAGUCCACUUACUUUACUGAUCCAUACCAUCUUUUUGAAAAUGGAAAACUUUCUGGAGAUCGACCUAUUAUCAAUGACAGCUUCAAUUCUUCUGUCAUUCCCGUUUACCCUGCUGGAAGUGUGGGUCGUCUACUUCAUACCAAAGUCCAUGAUGGUCCUCGUGUCUUAUCCAAUGAUCAAUCUUUAUUGAAUGCCGAAGGUAUUCCUAAAAACCUGAUCCAGUAGUCAAAACUUUGCCAUCGCCCUUUUUUUUUUUUAUCCAUUUUAUACUUUAUAAUAUUAUAGUUUAUUUAUUUCCACUAUUUUAGUUUUUGCUUUCUUUUCUUCUUGUCUUUUUAUAUAAAAUACUUCUACUUAUUUACCUUAUAUAAAAAAGCGAAUGUUUAUACUCAUACCUACUUACAAAAAAAAAG